GAUUUUUUCAUGCCGUAUAUAUGACGAGAUGAGUUUCCGGAAGCCACCGACGCGACGCGAGUUAAUUGACGCGUCUUAUACUUUGACCACGAUGGUGUCUGCAAACGACGUUCAGCGUCUCUUUCUCCAAGGUGUAUUUUCACGCAGCAUACUUUCCUUCAAACACGCUCAGGUUCUCUGGGAGAAAUGUAUCGAUACUGUCAAAGCUGCAAACCCAACAUUGGACAUUCGUUUUUCUGACAAAAGAGAAGACUGGGAUCUCUUUGUUAUCAGUAUCAAUAAUUCUCUCAAUUGCCUGGACCUUGAAUUUCGGCAUCUAACAGAUGAACAGACUGGCCGAGAGAUGUAUGCUAUGGUGAACAGUAAGGAUGAUGAAAUCGCACAGAUGGCUACAGAUUACACGCCAGUUGAAAUCGCCUACUUCAAGGCAGUCGUAGAGCAAAUCAUGCUCGCCCCGCAUGAGGCGUACUCUGUAUCCUCAUUGCUCGCCCUACGCGAAGUUAACUCUCUCAAGACAACCAUGACGAAAGCGCAAGCCGAAAUCGUGCUCGGCAGUUUCGUCGCUAAGGGGUGGCUGCUAAAGAGCAGACGAGGCCGCUAUUCCCUCUCAACGCGCACAUUGCUGGAACUUCUUCCAUACCUCAAAAGCUCAUAUCCCGAAGAUUGUCUUGAAUGCAUCAUAUGCUACGAGAUCGUUACCCGUGGCGUGGCCUGCAGCACGCCGAAUUGCCAGGCACGUUUGCACUAUCACUGUUGUAAGAAGUAUCGCAGUCGGAAUGCCAAGUGCCCAGCUUGUUCGCAAGAUUGGCCACAGGACCUCAAAAACAUGACCCCUGUCGGUGAGGAAGCAAUCAAGGAUGGUCAAGACGAAGGACGCCGUGUGCGGAGGAAAAGUCCUGAGGAUGGAAGUGAUGAGGAAGACGAAGAAGAGAUGGAAGUAGAACCUUCGCAACCGUCACAGACUCAAACUCAGUCACAGCGAAAAGGUAAGGGCAAGAACAAGGGCAAAGGAAAACCACCUGCAGAUAUGGAUGUGGACGAGGAUGAAGACGAAGAAGAUGAAGAAGCUCCACAACAGACACAAAGAAACGGGCGCCGUCGUACGACGCGCACUCGGUGAUUUCACGAG